CACCAUCACAUCAGCUCCAUAUAGUGCAGGGGUGUCCAAACUUUUUACAACGAGGGCCAAAUUUGGUGAGAUGAAAAUGUUUGGGGGCCGACCAAUCAGCAUGACAUUGUUUGAUUCGAACCAUUAAGUAUAUAUAUAUUCAUGAAGCUGCUGUAUCCAGGCAAAAUUAAAUGUGAAGCCAUUAUGGUAUGUUAGUGCCCUACUCCACUGAUCUUCUUCUGUCCCCAUAGCCAGCCCUUACCCACCCCCACAUCCAGCCUCUGUAGUCUAUAAUAACUUUUAUUUCAAUUGUUUAUUCUCUCUCCGUUAGACACUCACCUUUGGAAACUCCCCCUCCCUCUCAGAAACAGGCAUGAAAAAAAAGCUUAAAACUCUGUCUCCUCCUUUAAACACAAGCACUCCCUCUGGAGCUCCCCCUCCCUGCCAGAAACUAAAGGUGGACUCCGACUGUGAUUUACUUCCCUGCUGGCACACAUUCAUUUCUAUGUGAUCGCUGAUACAGGCGUUAGAUAAGCAGGAUCAAGCUGCAGCAGCACAUUCAACACUCGCGUCUCUCAGUGAUCACAUAGAAAUGAAUGUGCGGCAGCAGGGAAGUAAGUUCGAGUCCACCUUUAGUUUCUGGCAGGGAGGGGGAGCCGGCAGCUGCAGCAGAGAGAGCUGGACACAAUAUGGAUACCCGUUACCCUCGGGAGGAGGAAAUCGUUCAGAAGGAACCCAAGAAAACAGAUUCACCCAGUACUGUUAUUACAGUGGGAACCCCAGCCCCAAUUCGAGAUCAUCUGAUCUGGUCUCUGUGUAACACAUUGUACCUGAACCUCUUCUGCCUGGGUUUCAUUGCACUGAUCUACUCAAUCAAGGUACGAGAUCAGAAGGUGCAAGGAAACGAUCAAGCAGCGCGGCGAUAUGCUAAGAAGGCACACUGCUAUAACAUGCUGGCCACGGUGUGGAACAUCACAGUCCCCGCGCUGCUCUUGGCGGCACUGAUCAUCGGUAUCGUGCACCUGUCCCAAGUGGUGAGCGGCAUAAUAGACUUUUUUGGGCUGCGAGGCGGCAGUGGUGAUGAUGAGAAGUAAAUCUGAAGCCGUGUCAUCCUGACUGCCCGGGUAUGGGAAAUCAGGCAGAAGCCACUGUUUGCUGGACUGACAAAAAUAAAGCUGGUUUAGUAGCACCCCGAAUCCCAGUCAAUCAGCCCAAUAAAACAUACAUUUAAAAAGUGGGAAAAUAUUGUAUAUGCCAUUCAUCGUAUUAACCCCAUGAAUUUUGGGCAAAUGGUCAAAGGAUUGUAAGUGAAUUACUCACAUGCCACUAGAGACCUGCAUGAGUUUUGCAGAACCGCACCAAACCCAAUGACCCCCAGCUCACACCCACUUAGGCACAUUAUUCCCCCCUAUCUUCAUAGACAGGACUCACCCCAGCGUAAGCAUCACAUAAGCUGAAAGUGAUGUCACAUUUUUCCUAUGACGCAGUAAGUUGUCCUGUUACACCCUCUCAAAUUGCCACCUACCUGCAGCUAAAGGGUGCACAUGAACUGUGGGCGGAAUGCCCACAUGUUCAGAACACGAGGCAUAUUCUACUGACCACUUUGCAGGUAUUCAGCGAAGGGUAAGCAGAAGAGGCAUGUGUCUAAGGCACAAUGUUGGGGAGGGGUACCAGGCACGUACCUCUCGACUGCUCAUUUGUAGCGCCUUUAUAAACUUCUCACUUGCUUGAUAGUGCUGCACUUGUGCCCCCGGCAUACACAUGCAACUGCAGGAGCGUGCGCAUACAAGCACAAGGGAUGGAUGGUAGAUGGGAGCCCUUUACCUUGGGCAACUCAGUGACUUGGCCCGGCACUGUCCACAGGUACCUGCUGCAGGACUCUACAUAAGGCAGGCGCCAUAAGGGGAUUGUUUGAUUUUUAUAACAUGUAAUAAACUUGUACUUUUUAACUUA